GAUUGCUGGACUGUAUACGCUUGGGGUGCGCGCCUUCGCAUCGCAUUGAAAUUUUUAUUUACAAGAAUUCCAUCCACAACGCGGUCGCGAUGUAUGGUUAUAAAUUCAUUGAAAGCUUGACCAGAAGGAAAACUGAUGAUUUUGCUCAGAGUGACACACCCUUUAAGCGUUGUAUGAACGUGUUUGAUCUGACAGCUCUCGGUAUCGGUGGCUUGAUAGACGCAGGGCUAUAUGUUGUAAUCGGUCAGCUUGCGCACUCGGUUGCGGGUCCAGCCGUCAUCGUGUCCUUCCUAAUUGCGGCUGUAGCUUCCCUCCUGGCCGGUAUGAAUUAUGCGGAGUUUUCGUCCAGAGUAAGCCGCUCCGGUUCUGGCUACAUCUACACGUACGUUGGCAUGGGAGAGAUCUGGGCCUUCGUGACCGGCUGGUGUAUGAUUACCGAGUAUGUUCUGUCCGCCGCGUCCCUGGCAUCGGCCUGUAGCGAGUACAUUAAUUUUCUCUCCAAUGGUUCUGUGUACAAAUUCUUCGAGGAUUCAUUCGGCCUUUGGCAAGCGCCGGCGCUUUCAGAGCUUCCCGAUCUUUUAGCCUUUACGUUGGUUUUUUUAGCGACAAUGAUAAUCUGCCUGGGGGUGAAAGAGUCCAAAACCAUACUGGACGUGACAGUCUUUGCCAACCUGCUCAUAGCAACUUUCGUUAUCUUUGCCGGGGCCUACCAUGCCAAUGCUUACAACUGGUCCACUUUGGAGAAGUUUGCGCCGUACGGCUGGACAGGUAUAUUUAAAGCUGCCUCUAGCUGCUUCUAUUGCUUCAUAGGCUUCGAUACUAUACCAAGUGCGAGCGAGGAAGCUGUCAACCCCAAGGUGUCUGUACCACUGGCUAUUCUUCUGUCUUUGGGAAUAAGCCUGUUUGUUUACAUCGGAGUCAUCGUAGUUCUGACCAUGAUGGUUCCUUAUUAUCAGUUAAAGGACCUUGCACCCGUCGCCGCCGCCUUCGCCAAACGUGGAUUUGCUGCAUCAACGUACAUCGUUUCCGUUGGCGCCUUAUGCGCGAUGCUGAGUAGUUUGCUGGCAGCGUGUUUCGCGACACCGCGUCUGAUUUACGCUGUUGCGUAUGACGGUCUCAUUUUUGGUUGCUUCACUAAAAUAAACAAGGACAGACAGGUUCCAUUGCGAGCUGUGGCUGUCAGUGGAGUUCUGAGCGCGCUGCUUGCGUUUCUGUUUAACAUGCAACAGUUAGUGGAGAUGAUGGCCAUUAUGACCCUUAUAACUUACACCAUGGUGUCUAUAUCAGUGAUACUUACUCGCUACCAAAAAAAUCCCCAAUGGGUAUGCUAUGAAGAGCAGUUAUUGGAACGAACGCAAUCUUGGCUUCGAACGUUACUGAAGAAGAGAAGGAGAGGAAAGAAUGACAACUACAAGAAACUUCCGCUGUCCGAGAGUGACAGUGUCACGACAACCUGUCACGCUAGUCCAAGCGAGUGCUCUAACACCAUAGCGAAUGUCACGGUAUUCGUCAUGAUUCUAUCCAUGUUUGCCGUUUGCGUAUAUCUCAGAACUUGGAUGACUAACUCAGAGAAUAUUGAUGCCUUCACGAUCUUCCCCGUGGCGCUUUACUCGUCCAUCACAAUAGCCUGUCUUAUAGUUCUUCUAUUUCAGCCCCGGAACAGUGCUACUUUUUCGUUUAUGGUUCCAUGUGUUCCUCUUCUUCCAUCACUCAGUAUAUUUAUAAACACGUUUUUGAUGACACUGUUUCAAACACACACCUACAUAAAAUGUACAAUUUGGAUAACCAUAGGGAUGUUUGUGUAUUUUUUGUAUGGAUAUCACAACAGUAUUGAGGGCAAGAGGCCCAAAAGUGUAGAACUGGAAUUUGAACCAUUACCUAGUAUACCAGUUACACAAACAGAUGCCAACCUUCCCUUGAAAAAGAGAAAUGGCGACAAAUGAAGAGAAUAUAAAGAAGACAGUUGAGACUUCCAAGACAUUCCUACAAGCUUCGAAUAAAAGAGCUGGAGUAGAUAGAGAACUGCUAGUCUUAACUUUUCUGCUUUUUUAAAAUUUUCUUUGUGUGACAUAUUAGUUGAUAACUGAAGUGAAAUUUCUUUAACCUUUUAAAUCUCAAGAUCUGAUAGUUAAUUCUCCCCUCCACCUGCUAGACAUUUCCUUUUAAAUUAGCAGGUAAUUUAGUGUUAACAACUGGGUUGAAAAUGUAAAUUAGCCACCGUAAAGGGUAAAAAAGCUGACGUUUUGAGCGUUUUCGAGCGUUAGCCCUUCGUCAGAGCGAUUUUCCUUUUAAAUUAGUUACAAAAGGUUGGUGUUGGAUCAAGAUAACAAGUUUUACCUGAUAAGUUUGAAUAUUCUCAUGACCUGUUUGCUGGAUAAUGUAUGUAUGUAUGUUUUAGGGAGAAUUUGCUUAUCAAUCAUGACUAAGAGUUAAAGGGUUAAUUGGAUUGCUGUAAUACAUUUAAAGGGGUAAUAAGUCUUGCCAGCUGGUUGACUUUAAGGUUGUUACAAUUGUUUACAAAUCAGUGCAUUGGACCAUCAUUCUCCCUCUAAGGUGACUUGUAAAUUUUUGGCAUUUCACCAUUCUAAAGAAUGAUUAUAAAUAUCACACAAGAGUUCAUCAAAUUAAUAUCAAAUUAUUAUCAAAUUAAUGCUAUGAUGAAUGGAGUGAUGCUGUGUUGUAAAUUCAUUUUCCUACAAUUUUCAAAGAAUAUGCGCAAAGCAAUAGCUGUUGAAAUAAAGGACUCAA